CAGCUGCAUAGACAGUACUCGAUAAGUAAUACUCUGCUAAUACAGGUUUCAGCUUGCAAAGAUGGAGAAUGGCACGGAAGGCAAGAACUUCUACAUCCCGAUGAACAACAGGACGGGGCUUGUUAGAAGUCCUUUCGAAUAUCCACAGUAUUAUUUGGCAGAUCCAUGGCAAUUUAAACUAUUGGCUGCCUAUAUGUUUUUCCUGUUCGUCACUGGCUUUCCCAUUAACGCUCUGACACUGGUGGUCACAGCUCAGAAUAAGAAGCUCAGGCAACCUCUCAACUACAUCCUGGUGAACUUGGCUGUGGCUGGACUGAUCAUGAUCAUAUUUGGAUUCACAGUCACCUUUUAUACUUCCCUGGUGGGUUAUUUCUCUUUGGGACCUGGUAGCUGUGCCAUGGAAGGUUUUUUUGCUACUGUUGGAGGUCAAGUGUCACUGUGGUCUCUGGUGGUCUUGGCCAUUGAGAGAUACAUAGUAGUCUGUAAACCAAUGGGUAGUUUUAAAUUUACUGCCACCCACUCUGCAAUAGGUUGUGCUUUUACCUGGUUUAUGGCUAUGGCCUGUGCUGUUCCUCCUUUGGUUGGCUGGUCAAGGUAUAUUCCUGAGGGUCUUCAGGUUUCCUGUGCCCCUGACUAUUACACGUUGGCCCCAGGCUUCAACAACGAAUCCUUUGUACUAUACAUGUUCAGCUGCCACUUCUGUUUCCCUGUCUGCACAAUCUUCUUCACAUAUGGAAGCCUUGUGUUGACAGUCAAAGCUGCCGCAGCUCAGCAGCAGGACUCAGCUUCAACCCAGAAAGCUGAGAGGGAAGUGACACGUAUGUGCUUCCUGAUGGUUUUGGGCUUCCUUCUUGCUUGGGUCCCAUAUGCUUCUUUUGCUGCAUGGAUCUUUCUGAACAAGGGUGCUGCCUUCUCAGCUACAGCCAUGGCCAUUCCUGCAUUUUUUUCGAAGAGCUCAGCACUGUUCAAUCCCAUUAUCUACAUUUUGAUGAACAAGCAGUUCCGUAACUGCAUGUUGGCUACAAUUGGAAUGGGUGGCAUUGUUGAAGAUGAGACCUCGGUGUCAGCCAGCAAGACAGAAGUCUCAACGGCUGCUUAA